GUGGCAGGAGGAGGCUGUUGCUUAGUGCCACGUUGAUGGAGACCAGUGGGGACGUGGAAAUCUGUCUCGAGUCCGCAGCCGGGACCCGGUAGCCUCUUCUUCUGUUUCUACAGCUGUAAAUCCCUGAGCAGAAUCGAAAGGGGAACCUGUACGGGCGGAGACAGUUAGUGUUUGCCUACUGUUUUUUUUAAUGUGUGCGUUCAUGUGAAAAGAAGAGAAGAAGAGAAGGAUGAAACUUAAAGUGAUCAACCGCACAGCCAUCCAGAGCUGGAGUCCUGCACAGCACCACCCCAUCUACCUGGCAACAGGAACAUCAGCUCAGCAGCUGGAUGCCUCCUUCAGUACCAAUGCCUCCUUGGAGUUUUUUGAGCUGGAUUUGGCUGAGCCAUCUCUGGAUAUGAAAUCAUGUGGCAGCCUUUCCUCCAGUCACAGAUACCACAAGUUGGUGUGGGGUCCAUAUGGUAUGGACUCCCAGGGUCAUCCCUCUGGUGUUCUCAUCGCAGGUGGGGAGAAUGGCAAUGUUAUCCUGUACGACACUGCAAAGAUAAUGAGCGGAGAGAGCGACGCCAUCAUCGUUGAGAGCGACAAGCAUACAGGGCCAGUGAGAGCUCUGGAUGUCAACCCUUUCCAAUCAAACCUUGUUGCAUCAGGUGGAAAUGAGUCUGAAAUCUAUAUCUGGGACAUGAAUAACUUUGGCUCUCCAAUGACACCAGGACCUAAAACACAACCAAUGGAAGACAUCAGCUGUGUGGCUUGGAACAAACAGGUCCAACACAUCUUGGCCUCAGCCAGCCCGGGGGGUCGAGCUUCAGUGUGGGACCUCCGCAAAAAUGACCUCAUUAUCAAAGUUAGCGACCACAGCAACAGAAUGCAUUGUUCUGGCUUGGCUUGGAACCCAGAGGUGGCCACUCAGCUGGUCUUGGCUUCGGAGGACGACAGGAUGCCCGUCAUCCAGAUGUGGGACUUACGAUUUGCUACCUCUCCUCUCAAGAUUCUAGAGCAUCACUCAAGGGGUAUCCUGGCCAUUGCCUGGAGCUUAGCAGAUCCUGAGCUGCUUCUGAGCUGUGGGAAGGAUAGCAGGAUUUUGUGCUGGAAUCCAAACACAGCAGAGGUUCUGUACGAGUUGCCCACCAGCAGCCAGUGGUGUUUUGACAUCCAGUGGUGUCCCAGAAACCCCGCUGUGUUGUCAGCCGCGGGCUUCGACGGACACAUCGACAUCUACUCCAUCAUGGGAGGGAGCAGCCAGGCACAGAGCCAGAGGCACGCUGACCAGAUUAGCAACUCGUUUGGGAACAUGGAUCCAUUUGGGACAGGGCAAACAUUGCCUCCCCUGCAGCUGCCUCAGACUCCAGCUACUCCAGCUGCAGUCAACCCCCUGAAGAAGCCACCCAAGUGGAUUCGCCGACCUGUGGGAGCCUCGUUUGCAUUUGGUGGGAAGCUGAUAUCUUUGGAGAAUACAAAACCAAACCCCCAGCAGCCUCAGCAGCCCACUUCUCACGUUGUGCACAUGAGCCAGGUUGUUACAGAAACAGCUUUUCUGAAGCGCUCCGACCAGCUGCAGGCCACUCUGAGUUCAGGUAACUUCGUGGACUUCUGCCAGGAAAAGAUCGACGUGGCUGAAAAUGAGUUUGAAAAAACUGUUUGGUCUUUCCUUAAGGUUAAUUUUGAAAGUGACAUCCGUAGCAAGUACCUGGAACUUCUGGGGUACAACAAAGAGGAGCUGGCUUUAAAGAUUUCAGCAGCACUAGAGGAGCAGUCUGCCAAUCCCCUGAAGGUGGAUGUGCCCGCUCCAGCCACGCUGCAGCCAUUAGCAGACCUCAGCUUCAUGCCGCCUGCUGACACUCCAGAGGCAGCAUUUGACAUGAUUGCUGCUGUAAACCUUCAGCCUGCAGCCAUGCUUGAUCUCAAUUCCACUCCUGAAGCAGAGGAUGAGGAUACAGCAGCACCAGUGGCAGAUCCAGAAGAUGCUCUUCGCAGUGAGCCAUAUGCAAAUUUGGAUCAGGUUCUCCCAGAGUUGGAGGUGGAUGAGAAUGAGAAUGAGGAGGAAGAGGAGGAAGAGAUCCCCUUAGAUCAGGAGAUGACAGCAUCAGUUGAUGAGGAGCCCAUUCCUGCUGAGACAUUAGCCCCUAUUGAGGUCCGAGCUCCAGCUCCAACACCAGCAGGAGGGGUCAAUCUCAGCAUUAGUCAAGAUGUGGAUGGGCUCAUCACACAAGCUCUGCUGACUGGAGACUUUGAGGGCGCUGUGGAGCUUUGUCUCCAUGACAACCGAUUGGCGGACAGCAUCAUAUUGGCCAUUGCUGGAGGGCCAGAACUUUUAGAAAAAACCCAGAAGAAGUAUUUUACAAAAUCACACAGCAAGAUAACCAAGCUGAUCAAUGCAGUGGUAAUGAAAGACUGGCACGACAUCCUGAAGACGUGUGACCUUCAGAACUGGAAGGAGGCUCUGGCAGCCGUCAUGACCUACGCUCAGCCUGAGGAGUUCUCUUCCCUCUGCGACCUUCUUGGGGACAGACUGGAGGCAUCAGAAGAUGCUAACCUACAAUCCCAAGCCUGUUUGUGCUACAUCUGUGCUGGCAAUGUGGAGAAACUUGUCUCUUGCUGGACCAGAGUGCAGAACGGACACUUUCCUCUCUCACUGCAGGACCUGGUGGAGAAAGUGGUGGUGCUGCGGCGUGCAGUAGAGCAGACCCAGCGCUCUGGCCCCGCUGCUAUCGGCAUCCUGCUAGCUGAGAAGAUGAGCCAGUAUGCCAACCUGCUGGCCUCCCAGGGCAGUUUGGCCACUGCCAUCACCUAUCUGCCUGACAACAGCAACCAGGUUGCCAUUCAGCAGCUUCGUGACCGUCUCACUCGGGCUCUUGGGCAGCAGGGGUUGGCUCCUGGAGCUUCAGUGCAAACCCAGAGAGCUCCAUCUCAGCUGCCUGCCCCUCGGGCUCAGCUUCGGCAUCCUUACACCCAGGUCCAUCCCACCAUGGUGCCUCAGCCCACCCCAGCAGCACCAGUGCCCAUGCCUACAUCCGCCUCCGCCCCAGCACAGCCACAGUAUUACCAGCCAAUGAGGGCAGCCUCCACUGUCACCUCCUGGAGUAACCAAACUCCCACAGCCCUCCCCAAUGUCCCUCCUCCUCUUCAAGUAGGCAGCGCCUCUGACCAGAAGGUGGAGCCUUCAAACCCGAUGUACGGGAUUCCAGCCUCAGGCACGGCUGCAGCUCCUCCAGUCUCCUCCCCUCCUGCCUACAUGUAUUCUCAUCAGUACCAGCCUUACCCCCAGGUCAACCAGUACCAGCAUGGAGCUGGUGGCAUGCCUCUCUUUCAGCCUCUUCAGUACUCCUCUGUUCCUCCUCAUCCACCUCCUUCAGUAGAGCCAUCCUCCCCUCCUCAGCCCCCUGGCUUUCUCUCUGAGUACACACAGCCCGUCCAGUCUCAGCCAAUAUCUUCAGUCUAUCCUGGACAGCCUCCCAUCAACCAGUGCCUGUCCUCCUCUCCUCCUUCCCAGCCUCUUUUCUUUCCUAGCUCUUCUUCCUACUCCACUCCUCCGUCCUCUGGAGUUUCUUUCCAGCAUGGCGGGCCAGGAUCUCCUGUGUCGUACAUGCCUCCUCCACCGAGUGGAGUCUCAGGUACAAAGAUAGACAACAAGCUGAUCCCCGCCUCUCAGAGAACAGGGCCUCAGAACGGCUGGAAUGAUCCUCCAGCCCUGACCCGAGCCCCUAAAAAGAAGCAGGUUCCACAGAGCUACAACCCUCCUAUCCCCAUCACUGCUCCCAUAAUGACCCCGCUGGGCACUGACCCUCAGGCACAGCCAAUGUCCUCUGGGGCUCCUUCGGCCAUGAUGCAGGGCCAACCCGGUGUCCAGGUCCCCUACUCAGGCAUGCAGCAGCAGCAGCUCUCCCCUCCACCUAUGAACCCUGCAAUGCCAAAGACCAGCAUGGAGGGUGCACCAGGAGCACCCACUGGAGAUGUGAUCCAGCCUCUGCAGUCCAUCCCUGCUGAGAAGAUCAUGAAGAAACCCAUACCUGACGAGCACCUCGUCCUAAAGACUACAUUCGAGGGGCUGAUCCAGAAAUGCUUGGCUGUAGCUACUGACCCUCAAACUAAGAGGAAGCUUGAUGACGCGAACAAACGUUUGGAGGCACUCUAUGACAAACUCAGAGAGCAGACACUCUCCCCUGCCAUUGUAGGAGGACUGCACAACAUAGCCAGGAGCAUAGAGUCCCGAUCCUACACAGAGGGCCUCAACAUCCACACCCACAUAGUGAGCAACAGCAACUUCAGCGAGACUUCAGCGUUCAUGCCUGUACUCAAGGUGGUGCUGACGCAAGCCAACAAACUCGGUAUCUGAUGAGGCUGAAAGUGCCAGCAGCUCAUUUGAGUGCUGGACCACAGGUGGAGAGAGGCCGGACAUGGGUCGAUCUGAGUAUUAAAAAAUAGUUUAACGGGAAGCUUGUUCAAUGCAAGCAAUGAAGAAUUAUGUAUGAAAAUACUGUUAAAUUCUUCUUUGUGCCAUUCACGUUUCUCAAACAGAAGCCAUGCUGUCAGUUGCACUCAGUGGUGAAAGUAAAUUCUGAGCCAGUUAAGGGGCUACCUAUCGACUGGCUGACAAGCAGACACUAACCAUUUAUUUUUAAAUCAGUCAACAAUUAAUACACAAAUGUGAAAGAUAUGAAUCAGGAAUAAAAAGUGGAUAAAGCAAAAUAAAGAUAAUGAAUUUUAAGGGCAUUCCUGUCUGUUGAUAAUCAGCGAAUCGUGGCAGACUCCUGAUGCAUGCUGUUGGCUCAAAAUUUAUGCAGCUGUAUCGGCCUGUUCAUCUUUAAAGUCUUUGAACUUUUGUGCACUACACUAAUGCAUAUAUACCUUUAAUUCAUAAAUAUAUCUAAAUUUUUCUCAAAACUACAAAGUAACACUUUAGUUGUACAUACAAAUGCAUCAUUACUUGCAUGCAUUUUGCAGUUGACCUGCAAAUAAGAUUGCAGAUAUAAUCACUCAUUUUACCAGAUAGAAGAUGAAUUUGUUAAAAACAUGGCAUUAUAGUGACAGUUAGGGUUAAAGCAAUACUACGUGCCACAUGUAUUUAGAGUAAAAUCAGUGCGUAUCAAAUGCCAGUUAUUUUUAAUGCAUCUACUAUGACUUUUGUUUAAACUUUAAACCCUUUUUUCUGCUUUCACUGACUUACUUUCACCACGAGUGUUACUACAUACAACACAUUGGACCAAGAUACAGUAAGUGUGUGGGAUAUUUCAGUGCAGAGCAGUGUAAUCCCAGGUGUUGAGGACAUUGAUGUUUUACUUCUUUUGUUUGUUUGUUUUUCAGUGUAGUAAUAAAGCUCAGCAGAGUCCAAUGGACCUUUCAAAAACAGGCUGUGCUUUUAUUGAGUUUUUAAGUAUGCAUGCGUAAACAAAUGCUAGCAAUCGCCUUCCCUGGCAUUGGAAUUAAUUAUCUGCUAAUUAAUCAGACCUCAAACGAAACUGGAAGGAGACUUGUACUUGAUUUUCAUUCCAAUUUUGAUGAGGGCUGAAGUCUGAGUGGUCAAGCUCACGUUUAUGUUGUUGAUAAAACGAAAACAAGUCUUUGUUUUUGAUUGACGACAUGCAAUAUUUUCAAUAAAUAGUAUUUAUUUACA